AAAAAAAUUUAAAAAAGAAUAGAAAAGAAAAGACUGAACAAGACCAGGUGGAGGUGGUGUUCGUGAAACGAGAAGAUGAUGAUCGAUCAAUGAAAAUUUCUUGAAGCAGCUCCACUCUUCCAUCGAAUUUAACUUACGAAGACUCCAUUUCUUCUUCUUCUUCUCCGGUCGAUUCCUGCCUGGGUACCUAAAAUGUCGGCCUACAGGUGGAAGAACUUUCACGAGGAUGAAGACCGACCCGAGAAGCCUCGGAGGUUCGGAGUCACGGAGAUGAAAGGUCCCAAUUAUACCCUUCUUUCCCAAAACCUUCUUCAGGAUAUUUUUGAGUCCAUGGGACAGUUUGUGGAUGGUUUGAAGUUCACUGGAGGUUCCCAUAGCUUAAUGCCAAAGUCUUUCGUUAAAGAAGUGAUUGAUAUGGCCCAUCAACAUGACAUAUAUGUCAGUACCGGUGACUGGGCUGAACAUUUGCUUAGGAAAGGUCCAUCAGCUUUCAAUAUAUAUCUUGAGGAGUGCAAGCAAAUGGGUUUUGACACAGUUGAGCUGAAUGUAGGGUCGCUUGAUGUCCCUGAAGAGAGCCUUUUGAGUUUUGUGCGGCUAAUUAAGAGUGGCGGUUUGAAAGUGAAGCCUCAGUUUGCUGUGAUGUUUAAUAAGUCUGAUGUUCCAGUUGGUGGUGACAGAGCUUUUGGAGCUUACAUUGUUCCAACCCCUCGCUCUUCUGAAUUUGUGGAAGAUGUUGAUCUCUUGAUCAGAAGAGCUGAGAGAUGCUUAGAAGCAGGCGCGGACAUGAUAAUGAUUGAUGCAGAUGAUGUAUGUAAACAUGUCGAUACUGUACGAGCAGACAUAAUUGCAAAGAUCAUUGGUCGCCUUGGACUAGAGAGGACCAUGUUUGAAGCUUCAAAUCCCAGAACCUCUGAAUGGUUCGUCAAACAGUAUGGUCCGAGGGUGAAUCUCUUUGUAAACCACUCUGAUGUGAUGGAUUUGGAGUGCCUCCGGGGACGCAACUUGGGAAAGAAUCACUCCUCCGUCCUUGGUUCGUCAUAUUUUCUCUUCUGAACUUCCUGUAACUUUUGUUCCAACAAAACGAACAUGGAAAAUGGUGUGUACAUUUUUUUUAUAUAUAUGUAAUCUGUGAUCUGGUUGGUUUUGUUGUUAAACUUUGUGUUGAAAUGUACCAAACUCAUGCAAGUUCCCUUGGUCAUUUUGAUAAAUUUGUAUGGAAGGUUAUUUUUCAGAAUAAAUAAUAUCUCUACAAGGACUUAA